AUGUUAGCCCGACCCCGUCACCUGUCGUGCAUUGCAUUGGCCUGCUUCAGCCUCGCCCUCAAAGCCAUGCCCUCGUCGUCCUCGGAGUUCGAUGACGAAGGAGAAGAGGAUGACGACGGAGAGGAGUUCGUGCAGCCAGAUCCCGGGGAUCUGGUGAGGAUGUCACAGGGUCGGUGCACGGCCGGGGACGUCCAGCGGAUGGCGCGGCUGGUCAGCGCCAAGCUGGGAUUCGUCCCGACAGACUCCGCCAACAAUACCGUCGCCACCCCCUUCACCAUGCUCGUUCUCCUCCAUCGCGCCCAUACCAUCAUCGCCCAGGCACUCGGUGUUCCGGAAAGUGUCUGGCGACUGGAUGUGAAGAAGUUGAGUCUCGAAAUGGAGCUCCUCUGUUGCGAUGGGAGAUUAAGCAGCAGCCGACCGAGCGUUUUAGCCUUAGCCCUUCUUCGUUGUACGGUCGAAGAGAGCUUGAGGAAAGGAUCUGGCCCAUCUCAAGGAAUCCUUGCACUCUCCCCCCUUCUCCAACUGCAGGAAUUCUGCAAGGCGUCGAAGGAGGAAUUGUUGGAGGUGUAUGGAAAAGUGAGAGAAGUGGUCGAGAGUUACGAGAGUGAUGGUCCGAGUCAAAGUCGACUGAGGCAACGUCUCGUCUGGAGACUGAGCCCAAGGACAUUGAAGUUGUUGAGGCCGACUCAACAGCUCCUUCCUCAACGCCUCCUCCCUCCCAUCCAAGAAUCCCCAAGCCAGCACGAUGAGUGAACCCUUAUGUUUAGAGACGGAGUCCAAGGACGUUGAAACUGCUGGAGUGGACAGUUCCAUUCGACGGCUUGUUCUUCAACGCCCUCUCCCUCCCAUUCAUGAGUCCCCAUCCCCCCACGAAGAUAUAAGGACCCAAUCGCAAAAACGCACGCCCUAAACUGCAGGCUAGCUGGUAGGCGCAGACCCUCCCUCCCAUGACUCCACGAAAUUUUUUUUCCUUUACAGUACAAAAAACGUUAGUCCUUUCCUGCAUGAACCGUGCCAAAGAAAUGAGAAUGGUAGGUGAGAUCUCCAAGAUUCCCAGACCGCCACGCACAAAGUGCACAACCCUAGUCCUGAGUCUUUCAAUGUUCUGGGCUUUCGAGUCUCAUACCUGUAGAUGUCCUAUUUUUAUUUUCAAAUUUCCCUAUGCCUCUUCGACUCGAUGCAUUCCAUCUGUGAUUUGUGCUUCCUACUUCAGUCUCCACUAGUUUUCUAUAAGAAUACAUGUAUUUCAGC